GUGGGGUCUAAAGAUACUUUUUGUAAAGUGCAUACAUAAUAUAUAUGAAGAUCCUAUGCUAAACGAAUUGCUAUAAAAGGAUUUUAGCGUUGUGAGGGGGCUUCAAGAAAAGAAGUGCCACCAAAAAAACCCUCUCCUCCAACUAAUAUUACCAAAAUACCACUUGCCCGGAUCAUGAAGCUCCCCAUCGCCGAAACACCAUCUCCACUUUCCCCACUCGAAAACAUUCCUUCCACUUUAUCCCAAAUCAUCCUCUCCGGCAAUGACCCACUCGAUUCCGCCUUCGCCCACAUCUCGCCGCUGCCGCCUUCGCCGGCGACAUCACCACCACUUAAAAACCUCGGCACCUCCAUCUACCUCCAAAUCUCCGAACUGAUCCGAUCCACCUCCCCCCAUUUCUCGGACGCAAGAAAAAAACUGUAUCGAGGAGUUCGACAAAGACAAUGGGGCAAAUGGGUCGCUGAGAUCCGUCUACCUCGGAAUCGGAUGCGAAUUUGGCUCGGCACCUACGACUCCGCCGAGGCGGCUGCCUACGCGUACGACUGCGCUGCAUACAAGCUCCGUGGAGAAUACGCCAGGCUUAAUUUUCCAGAGAUGAGGGACGCCGAAGGGCAGUGUUCGGAGAGGCUUAGGGAGCUCAGAUCCGCCGUUGAUUCGAAGAUACAGAGCAUUAGUCAGCGGAUCAUGAAGCAGAGGAGGUUAAAAAGGGGAAAAGCUGAAGAGAAGGGGAAGGAAGUGGAAAGUUCUUCUUCUUCUUCGUCUUCAUUUUACUGUGCAUCCGGCGGGAGCGGGACCGGCGAUGCUGGCUGCGCCGAGAUGGACGGCGACGAGUGCUGGUUGUCGAGAAUGCCUUCUUUUGAUCCGGAGAUUAUCUGGGAAGUACUUGCUAAUUAAAAAUCUUCCUGGGGCUUAAAGACAAUAUUAAUUCAAGUGUCCAUUUAUAGAAUAAAUUAGUAUUAUAAUUAUAGUAAGCCCUGUGAUACUUCUCUUUUAAUAAACAAUUUGAUUAAGGAAUAACGCUUUC